AUGUCAUUUCCUUACCAGAAAGUCCUACUCAUUGGUGCCACCUCUGGCAUUGGGGAGGCACUGGCCACAAAGCUUGUCGAGAAUGGGACCAAAGUUGUCAUUGCUGGGCGACGCCAGGAAAAUUUGGAUAAAUUUGUCGAGAAGCAUGGCGAAGAAAAAGUCGCUUCUAAGGCUUUGGAUGUCAUGGACAUUGGCCAAAUCGCAAAAUUUGCCUCCGAAGUGAUUUCUGAUCACCCCGAUCUCGAUUGUAUUUUUGUCAACUCUGGCAUUCAGCGCGCUUUCGAUUUUGCCAACCCUGAUAUGGUCGACAUGGACAUUUUUGACCAGGAGUUGACGACCAACUAUACCUCGGCCGUACGACUCGCUAAAGCGUUCACUCCGCAUCUUCAACAACAGACCAAAAAAACUGCUCUUAUCUUCACAACCUCUCAAAUGGCCUUGGUCCCGAUGAUGCGCUGUCCGAACUAUGGUGCCUCGAAGGCCGCCUUGCAUCAUUUUAUUCUUGCCCUUCGUACCCAAUUGUCCGAUGGACCGGGGGAUGUUCAAACUGAGCUUCACGAUACAAAGCACCAACCGGAUUUGAAGGAUGGUCAUCUUAUCGGCAUGCCUCUUCAGCAAUUCACCGAUGAGGUUUGGGAGAAGUUGGUUGCCCGGGAAGAUCAGAUUCUGGUUGGCUCUGCUACAGAGAUUUUCGAUGCAUUUGAGAUCAAGAGACAGGAGCUGUAUCAGCAGAUGACCGAGAUGCUAUCUGGAUUGUUGAAGCAAUUCUUGCGCUAA